GCCGGCUUCCGUAGGCUGAAGGACGCAGCCUGUCAGCUACAGCUGCUCUGAACAUCUGAGCUUUAAAGCAGCUUUUCUCUAAAAUCAUCUGUUUAUCAAUCUUUCUUUACAGAUAAUUCAAGAUAACAGAUUCCUGUUUUUCUUCUACUUUUGGUUCGGAAGGCGAGUUAAAGAUGUCUCCCAGACCUUUUGCAGACGUGGCCCGGAGGAUGAUGAAGGGGGUGAUUGUGGUGGAGCUUCUGGGUGUCAUCGGUGCAUACGCUCUCUUCCACAAGAUGAACGACAGUCGAGAUUUCAGAAGCACGGUGAGCCGAAGGUUUCCAUCCAUUCUGGAAGUUUACUACCAGUCCAACGAGUGGGCCGGGGUCUACGGCGUCCGUGAGCAGGACCAGGAGGCCUGGUCGUCCAAACGCAGCUGAGCGCCGGCCCGUCGCCACGCCGGCGGCUACUUCCUGUUCCUGUUCAUCCUGCCUCCCCUCUGUGCUCGGCCGAAGCCCGGCCGCUUGUUCUUGAACGCCGUCUUCUUCUUGCGCAGCGUUUUGGCAUCACGGCCUUGGAUCCAAUCGUCUCGCUGAGCCUCCCACUUCAGCUGCUUCACGGCUGCAAGAAACAGGAAGUUCAAAACAGGAGUUCCUCACACACAACAGCAAUGCUGAACCAAAACAACCUGGACUCUGAACUGUGUCUGGGUUUCUGCUGGACUGGAGGUUUUACUGCACCUGAAGAUGGACUUCUGCAGAGCAAGACCCUCAUGACCGACUGUUUCACUUUAUUCUAUAAGUAACUUUUUAGUUUUGGUGCAUUUCUAUGCUGUAACAAUAAAUAAGUGAAAACAA